CUCUCCCUUGGUUUUCUGAUUCUCUUCGUGUAAGAAACUUGUCCAAGAAAAAAUCACUCUCAAAAUAGUAUUAAAUCAAACCAAACUAUUCCGAUCUGUUGCCCAAUUCUGUUUAAUUUCCAUUUAAAGCAGAAGAAAAGUAAAAAAGCGAAGGUUUUGUGAAGCGAAUUGAACGAUUUGCGGAGAUUGUUCAAGAGGAGGUGAAUUUGCUGCAGUUUUCUGAUAAUAUAUCAAGAGAUAUGGCUAUACUUGAUCAGGCUUCAAAUAUGAUGUCUUUACCAUUGGAUUAUACAAGAAAGAGGAAAUCAAGGAGUAGAAAAGAUGCACCAAAGAAUGUAGCAGAGACACUAGCGAAGUGGAAAGAGGUCAAUGAAAAGCUAGAGUCUAGUGAUGAUGGGAAGAAACCGGUGCGUAAAGUUCCUGCUAAAGGAUCAAAGAAAGGAUGUAUGAAAGGUAAAGGAGGACCCGAAAACGGGCGGUGUAAAUACAGAGGUGUUAGGCAAAGGACAUGGGGUAAAUGGGUUGCUGAGAUUCGGGAACCACAUAGAGGGAGUAGGCUUUGGUUAGGUACUUUUGAGACUGCGAUUGAAGCUGCUUUAGCUUAUGAUGAAGCUGCUAGAGCAAUGUAUGGUACUUGUGCUAGGCUUAAUCUUCCGAAUUACCCUUCGUCGAAUGAGUCUAAUAAGGAUGAUUCCUCGUUGCCUACAAUGUCUCAGUCUGAUUCUACAACAGCCUCAAGUCUCACUGAGACCAACAUUCCUAAGAUUAAAUUUGAGGACCUCGAAUGUGAAUCGAGAAGUGAUGGCGCGAGGAGUGCUUUUUAUGAAGCUGGAACACCUUCAAGCUCAGUGAAAGAGGAAGCGAAAGAUGAGGCUAAGGGGGAGUUGGGUAAUAGAGAGAUUGUUGAAACUAAAGAAGAGCCUGUUGCCUUUGAUUACGAUUCAGUGAAGAGUGGACAGGAUAAUAAUCUUGACAACUUAUGUUUUGAUGAUGAGAUGUUUGAUGUGGAUGAGCUAUUAGGCGUGCUAGAUUCGACUCCACUGGAUGCCUCGGCUCCCAACCAAGUUUCUGGUUCUGUUCCUGUCAAUCAAGAUCAGUAUGUCUAUGAUCCUUCGUAUCGACUGCAGAGUGCUGCUUAUGACAACAAUCAGUUUUCGAAUCUGUCAUAUCAGUUGCAAAAUACAGAUGGUAAGACAUUGGAUGAUUCGCAGCAAAUGCAGCAGCAAGCACCUAUCGUGGAUGAUUAUAAUUUUGAUUUUCUAAAGCCAGGACGGCCGGAGGACUUCAACUUCAGCUUGGAUGACCUGAGUUUCUUUGACUUCCAAUAAAAUUCUGUUAGUUCAGUAAUGAGUAUAAUCAAUGGGUUCUACUGAGACCUUCCGCGCAGGCUAGCAAGAUGAUGUACUCCUGCUUUGAUCAGAUGGAUUUAGUAUUAUUCGUUGAUUACUGGAUUUAUGCAAUGGUCAGAGUUUUUGAAUGUUUACUAUGUUAGUUUAGCGAGGUUUUUUUUGAGAUUCUAGGUAAAGGAAAAAAAAUAGGACAAUGGCUGUCCCUUUUCUUUUUGCCAAAAGAUAGCUGAUUCUUGAUAAGUUUUUUGGAUCAGAGAAUCCGGUUGCUCUUUAAUCAAAACAAAAUUCUGCUGUACAGUUCUAACACUGAGUAGUUAGUUUGCUAACAUUUGCAAGGUGUUGGUGUUCCUAUUAUUAUGAUAAUAAAAGAGAAAAUCACCUUUCUGUAA